CUAGAGUUGCACCACCUUAGUUCAUUUCAAUGCACCUGUAGUUGGAAGAGCAUUUCUGUGACAAGAAGACUGACGAGUGAGGCUUUCGCUCCGGAAUUUGUAUUCCAUAUAUGUCACUGCGGGAAUUGGAUAAGUUUCAGUAUUAAUUGAAGAGAAAAAAAGGAUGGCGAUCCGUAGUCCUCGCCUUCUAGUUGUUUUAGCGCAAGGCUGUGCUGCUGCCCAUAUCCAGCCCUCGACUGCAGCCCAGGGGAGUCCAUAUCUAUCAACACCAUUGGCCAGACCACGACUACGACCACCACGCGGGAACUUUAUGACAUUGAUUUUUUUUGAUUCUGAAAUCUGAUUUCUAAUCGUAUUGACGAUCUGGGCAUCGUAUUCCACCUGCUAUUUUCUGGUAUUUACUAAGGCCAGCUGGUUGCAACAUUCCUAGUUGUCGCGCAUAUGAAUCAAAUCGCUCACUUCCAUGAAUUCAAUCGUUGCGUGCAUAAGCUCCCAGGAUCCUAACAGCGUCAGCAGCGUAGUGACAUCAAUCCAAAGGUUUCCACAAUCUUGAAGUUCAUGAUUCUAGCCGUCUACUUGUUUGCUUAAGGAUUUCCAUGAUGUUGAUCAUGCCCCGAAUAAUGAGAUGCACCAAACACAAAACAGGACCAAAAUGGCUCCCCUUUUUACUUGCCAAGUACUUGCAUGAGUAACGAAAUCACUCCGGUAAUUUAUAACCUUUCAAGUGUUCAACAAUAUAAUCGUUGAAGUAAAGAAUAAAGAAGUCAAUCGGUAAACUGCGCAAUAAUAGAGUUAUGGCCCAAUUAUUUUAAAUUUUUCGAUGGGUAUACUAGUGCAUUUAACAUCAUAGUGCAUCAAUUUUUCAAUCAAAAUUUUCACUUGAUUCCAGUCAGUAUUAGCCUACAAAAAUGGGCGAUCAAGAGCACCACAACGAACCGGGCGGAAUCGCCAACCCGGGCGGAAAUGGAAGGACCCCGACGCAAAAGAAGCGAAAGAAAACGGGAACGCCCGCAAGCAAUGGAAAACCGGGAGAAAUUCAGGAAAAUCAUCAGGAAACUGGUCAGGAAAGUGGAACGCCGGCCCAAGCUAAGAAGAAGAAGAAACGAGGAGCAGCCGGAGAGGACCAGAAAGGUGACACCAAGAACGACAACGAGAAGGAGGGCACCACAACCGCCGAAGACACCAAGGAAAGCGGGACCAAGGUCAACACGGUCAGGAAAUCCGCAACAUUCAGGAAAAUAGAACGAAGCCGGAGCAGUUCCCUCCUAAGUAGCUCGAGCAGCUCAAGCAGCAGCAGCAGCAGCACGAGCAAGGACGAAAGCCCAAGCCGAGCACCCACGCACAAGAAAAAGCCGAAGGGACGGAAGCCCCACGAGGGUACCCACGAAGAGGCAAAGGAGCGAAAGCCCCAGGCGAACGACCGCAAAAAGGGGACGGAGCACGGCAAAGCGACCAACGAGCAGCCGCGAACGCGGUAGAGAGGACAGCCGCGCACGCGUCAGGGACGACAGCCGACGAAGAAGCACAAGGGAGGACCGAGAGCCCCCAAGGAAACGACGCGCGGCAAGGUCGUCGUCGACCCAAAGAGGCAACAGCCAACAGCGGCGACGACCAGCGGAACUAAGAGCGUCACCGCUCUACAAGGACAAGAAAACAGCCUUCAAAAGAUGGAUGAGCUUAGCUUUUAGUAAGUAUUCGUAUGAUGAAAUUUGGGAAGGUAUAGAUGGUCGCAUAGACGAAGCGGACACGCUAAACCGCGUGCAGGAAAUCAAGGACCGACCAGAAGUGGCGGACCUUGACAGCCGAAGAAAGAAGCUCCGAGCGCUUCAAAAGAUCUUCUGUGAUGAGUAUGAAAAUCACAGGGUCGCCAUCGCGUCGAUCGAAGCGCUAAAACAAGGAAGAAACGAGAGACCGGCGAACUUCCAUCGCCGAUGGGCUGAAGCAGCAUCCGCAUGCCCUUUAGACGAGUACCCACCAGGACAGCAAAUCCGCAGUCUCACAAAUUCUUCAUGCGGUGUUUUCAAAGAGAUGCUAAUCACAUCUGAGCCGACCGCGAUGACUGGCGUCGCAACAAUCGCCAGCAGGGCAGAGCGACUUUACGGCGCACUACGAACAACCAAAGAGCACGACGCGAACCCGCAAAAGCCUCACUCCGGUGGAGGUGGGAAAACCUACUUCACCAACAGCAACAACGGAGGCAAAGGUAGUAGAAACAACGGCAAAGGAAAAGGAAAGGGCAAAAACAACAAGAACCAUAAAAAUAAUGGUGGUUGCAACAACUCAAGGAACAACUUCAACCAAAGCCGAAAUAACAACUACAACAAUAAGAAUUCGGGCUAUCGAGGUAACAAUAACAAUUAUUCCAACUCCAACCAGUACAACAACAACAACAACAACGGCAACAACUGGAAUCAGUAUGGAAACCAGAAUAAUUCUUACUGGACUGAUGAGAACAACUGGAACAACCAGCCGCCGCAGCAGAAUCCGAAUCCGCAUGCCUAUUAUAACGGCCAGCCACAGCAUCCAGAUCCCAGCCAAGGUAUCCACCACCCGCAGCAACCGCAACAGGGUUCAUUCUUCGUCAACCCAUUUCAGGGAUACCCCCCGGCACCGCCGCAACAAGGGCCACCACGUGUGCCGCACAGAAGUUUCAUGAUCCUCGGCGCUGCAAUGCCUAGUAGUGGUGGAAUGGCAAUGAGCAUCACAAAUUCAGUAUCUUCUAGUGGUAAUUGGAUUCUUCUUGAUAGUUGUAGUAGUCGCCAUAUGACUGGCGAUCUCUCGCUUCUCCACAACGUUGGCAGAAACGUUAGCGAGCGACUAACGACAGCGUCUGCCGAUCCAGCAUACGCCUCAGCGCGCGGAACGCUUGUUACAACAGAUUCAAGCAUCUCAUGGAGCGACGUUUUGUACGUGCCAACGCUAGGAAUGCGAACCAUCAUUAGCCAAUCCAAGAUGGCGAGCAAAGGAGUCCAUCCUGACUUCGCAAGUAUGACGCUUAUGGGAUUCCCGACGAGCUGGCGAGAAGGAGUAUUGCAGAUUCUUCUUCCUCUUCAACACAACAACGAACAGCACUACGACACGGUCCACAUGAUCACCGACGGGACGCAAAAGCGGCCAGCGACGUGAUCAAUCUCCUAUGACUAUCUCACAGCACAGACGAUUAUCUAACGGAGUUGAAGCCCUACAUCUACGACUUUCAGACAUCUUGCGACGAGUUCGAUGUUGACAACGCGACCACAGAGGAGCUACUUAGUUUUCUUCUUCCUCGAUGUAGUUCAAGUUGUACUAGUAGGCCAGUUGUUUUGACCUACAACCCCAACCGUACAAGCGAAGCGAUGGAGAAGAUUAAAAUCGCAGAAGCAUUCACGAACUACGCUAUUCCAAGUCUAGAAGGUCACGCUAGUUCUCUUAGUGGCCCGAAGUAUUGCCUAUCGAUGUGUUCUCCUACUGAUCAAUCGUUUUCUUCUACUGCAGUAGGAGCAACAUCAUCCAACGAUACAAACAGUUCGUCAUCUUCUUCUACGAAUCAAACACUUCGACCGGAUUCAAAUCAUUCGCUUCAACCGGCUGAAGAAGUAAAUCUUCAAGAAUAUGACGAUCAGCAGAACUAUGAAGAAGCUAGUGGUGAUGAUAGUAGUGACGACAGCAAUUCUAUCCUCAACACCACUACAAAGAAGAAGAAAAAGAAGAAGCAAGGAAAAGGAAAGAAAAAGCGGAAAGCAGACGAAGAAGCAGCACCAUCUUCGUCGCGACCUGCCAAGAAGUUCCGUGGUAACGCAAACACCACUACGCCUAAAGGAGCAUGGAUUUCUUGGGAUAAGCUUUGCGCGAUUGCCAUGCAGCUAGGAUUUCCAAGUUUUCAAAAGUUAUGGCAAACGGUUAAAGCUAUCGAUAACUCACGGCAAGCCCGUAGUAUGGUUAUUCAGUACUGUAAUCACAACUUAAACCGCCUCAACAAGUACGCCUACCCUCACCACAAAGUAGGUGGCAUAGACGGACUUCGUAUCUCAGAUUUCACUGCUGUUGAUACGUUUUCCCCUCUUGGAAAGAAGUACUACGCAUUACACGCUAUUAACUUACACUCUAGAGCGAGUGUCACUAGGACACUACGCAAGGCACCCACCGGAAAAGACGCAACGGAAUUUCUGGAGCACUGCAAAGGCAGAGGCAUCCUCGGCAGGUGUGUCUUAUCUGAUCAAGGAAAAGAAUUCGAUAGCACUCAAGUGCGCGAAUAUCUUCAAAUGCAUGGGUAUGGUUUCUAUCUUACGCCUAAAGCUAGCUGGGUAAACGGUACUUGUGAGCGGAGGCAUAGAACUUUUAGAACAGUACUAGAGAAGCUGUACUAUAUUCGUGGUCAGUUGGAUACUAAAGUGCCGAUGCUAGUAGAGCAAGCUACUAAUGCGGUGAACUUUAUGCCAACUAGAGCACUAGACGGCCUUAGUCCUUACCAAGCUCAAUGGGCACUCAACCCAUUUUCAAUGGAACCUCAUGACCCUGAAAACUUGAAUGAUCAGCAGGGAUCAAUGAUCGUUGACAGUCCAGCAUCUGAAGCGUAUCGUGUGCGAUGCGAUGCUCGUUCAGAACUUGAAAAACUAAAGAAGGGCAAAGCUUUCAUUGCUGACAUGCGUAAGCUGAAUGAAAUGCAGCGUAACGCCUAUCACGAAGCGGAUCAGAUCAAAGUCAACGACCUCGUUGAUAUUUUUGACAAGGACAAAGAAGCAUGGCUCGGACCAGCUAAGUUGAUUCACAUUCAACAGAACGAGUUCGCUUGUACUUUUGUAGUCGACUACGACGGAAACUUUAAGAGGGUUCACGCAUCCCAUAUAAGGCGCCACUUAACUCUUCAAGAGCUCAAUUUCCCGCCGAUGUUGUUGCGAGUCCUAUACAAAUCGCACGGUUUGUCGCCUCCAGACCAUCAACAUCCUGACACGUUUGAAACGGUACCGGUAAAGUUCAAGUUUGUACAGACAAACGCUAACGAGUCUGAGACAGAGCCUCCUGUAGUCUUGGAGCGUCCACCAAAGAUUAAAUCUUCCUCGUCUGAUCACGGGAAAUCUCAGCCCGGCGGGGAGUCGGCCGCUCCAAAGCAGACAGAAGGAAAGUUUAAACUUACUAAGAACUACACUCAGCAAGUUUACAACAGACUCCAAGUUGAACAUGAAGCACAGCUUCGAAGGAUAGCCGAGGAGCAUCCUCAGAAACCUGUCAGAGGAGCGUGGCGGGAGCGCAACGCGAUAAAAGCAAAAGCACGCAAAGAGAUUCGUGAACUUAUCCAGGCACAGCCUGAAUAUAAAGACCUAAAAGAGGCUCAGCUGAACAAAAUAGCAGCUGAAGCCUAUAGGCAAAGCCAAGUUUACGCCUCAGACGACACGAAUCUAGACGACCAAGAUGAAAACUUUGUUGGAUUCAUUUCCCCCUUUCUAUGCUCUGACUGGGAGAAAGAUGAAAGCGGGAUUUGUAUGAAGACAGCAUCUGUCGGCGCUGAUCAGUCUGGAUACGACCUCACCCAGCCAGACUGGAAGGCAGCCAUUGAGAAAGAGCUCAAAGCUCAUGCUCAUGUAUUUCGACCCGCGACAAAUAGCGAAGUAACUCACUGGGUACAACGGAAAAGCAGCUUCAUACCCUGUAAGAUGUUGCUAUCGAUCAAGCGCGACGGUCGUAAGAAGGCUAGGAUAGUUUGUUUAGGUUUUCUAGAUAAAGUUUCAAGCUACGACGACAAGUAUGCCGAAGUGCCAGACUUGUGUCUUAUGCGCCUACUACUUGCAAUAGUUUGCCAACAGCCAGAUAUAUUUAUGUUUCCAUCUGAUGCUAAAUCAGCUUUCUUACAGUCUCCUUAUCCAGUCCCAGUUUUGAUCACCUUAGACCAAAGACUACAGUCUUACCUCAACUAUACGCGCGCAGUAGUACAGUACGCGCUUAACGGUCUAAGAUUGUCUUCAAAAGCCUGGGCUGAUCAUCGUGAUGGCAAACUAUCGCUAUGUGGUUGGGUACGAAAUCCCAUAGAACCCACACUCUGGCACAAGGAAGGCGUUCUGCUAGUCGUUUUCGUAGAUAACUUUUGGUUUUUUGGAAGAAAGGAGGAAGUUCUGAAUCUCCAUGCAGAACUUCAGCCUCACCUAAAGCUUGUACCCGAGACGGUAGAAGAAACUGCUACUAGUCUCGUCUAUGACCUUUUGGGUAUCAAGAUCAUCCAGGAUAAAGCUACUGGCAACAUGCUACUCAGCCAAGAUGAGUACGUUGAAAAAGUAUUGGCGCGGUUCGGCGGGGAAGUUGGUAGGACGAUAUCCAACCCGAUGACAACCGCCCCAAACUUGUCAACGCCCGAAGAUGUCAAGCUACUGAAGCCUAAGCAAGAGCUUACAGGCACUCUGCAGUAUCUUGCAUCUGGAACGCGGUUCGAUAUAACAGUACCACUAAAGUUAGCAAGCAAAGCCAAAGCGAACAGUGAAUCAAUAUUAGCACUGAAGCGCAUAGUCCGUUACCUCAGAACACGAAGAGCACUGAAGUACGUGAACAGACAAAAGGAAAACAGUGGAAAACUAACGCUGUCAAUAUGGACUGACUCUGACUUCGGAUCACAAGAAGGCCGGCAGUCCAUAUCUGGAAUCUUAGUUACCUUAUGUGGCAACGCGAUCUACUGGCGAUCACUUUCGCAAAGCACGACUGCCACUAGUGUGACUGAAGCUGAACUGUGCUCAAUGUCUGAUGGAUCAAAAGUUGGACUUCGUUUCCACCACAUACUGAAUAGUAUGCGGGUGUGGUUAAGCAAAUUCUUUAAAGAACCUAAAAUCUAUUAUCCGCUAAUACUUAAGUGCGAUAAUCAGGGCGCAAUUAAGUAUAGCCAAGGACGUAGCGGAACAGCUUCAAGGCUAAAGCGUGUGGAUAUUCGAAGAUGCUACAUGCGUGAUCUUGUUGGACGAGGAGCGAUCAAGCCGAUCUAUUUUCAAAGUUUGGCGAACAAAUCCAACGGUCUGACGAAGUUGACAGCCGGGGAGGAAUUCUCAGAAUAUCUUCGAUUGAAUAACAUGGUCGAACUUGUCUGAGCUACUUAGCUUCACUAUAAUAAUCCUCCAACAAUUACGUCACUUUGUUAACAGUUUCAUGCUAUUUCGUAACUUUGACCGUUAUUCGUGAUUCAUCAUUUAACUUGAUUCUCAUGGUGUUUCACUUCAAUCACCACGUAACCCCUUGCAUCUAUUUACUUGUUGUUCACAUUCAUGCAACUGCUUACCUUGUUAACUUUAUAAUGACGUCAAUCAUUUUGUUUACUUCUUAUGAUUGUUAUCGUUGUUUCAUCGUGCUAGUAUUUAUUUUCUCUUGUUUGUUAUUAUAUGAAUUUAUAGAUCUUGAGUAAGCUGGCUGUUUAGGUUUCCUGGAGCUGGGGAGGAUGUCGCGCAUAUGAAUCAAAUCGUUCACUUCCAUGAAUUCAAUCGUUGCGUGCAUAAGCUCCCAGGAUCCUAACAGCGUCAGCAGCGUAGUGACAUCAAUCCAAAGGUUUCCACAAUCUUGAAGUGCAUGAUUCUAGCCGUCUACUUGUUUGCUUAAGGAUGUCCAUGAUGUUGAUCAUGCCCCGAAUAAUGAGAUGCACCAAACACAAAACAGGACCAAAAUGGCUCCCCUUUUUACUUGCCAAGUACUUGCAUGAAUAACGAAAUCACUCCGGUAAUUUAUAACCUUUCAAGUGUUCAACAAUAUAAUCGUUGAAGUAAAGAAUAAAGAAGUCAAUCGGUAAACUGCGCAAUAAUACUAGUGUCGGUAUUCAUUGAAUGAAAAGCUUCAUUCCUUUAAAUUUAUCAUGAUCUUUAUCAAUCUAUUGAUGUGAGUGAAAAUCUCUCUUCUAAUCUUCAUGCAGUACUAGACCCCCUCGGCCUCAGGGUCGAAAGUGCCUCUUCUACCUCGUCACAACUACCUCAAGUGUCUGUAGUGAGAACGUAUCCAAGACGUGGAGGAUUACUUGCCGGGUCCCCGCCUGUAGUGAGUAGUGUAGGAUUACUUGCCGGGUCUGCUAUUGCGAGCACGUCAGCAACAUUCAGCAGUGCGCGCAAGAAACGAAUAUCAUUAGGAACGAGACCAGUUUCUAGUCGUAGACAAAUUUGUACCUUAUACAUCGAUGUUUUGCACGUAAAUACUCAAACUAUUUUUGCUACCUUAAACAUAUGGAUCUGAAGUAAUGGCAUGUUGAAGGAAGUGGAAGAAUCGAAAAAUGUAAAUGUGCCAUGGUGCCCAUAGUGCUAUGAAGAUGACACACAAAACUGGGCUAUCGUUAUCUCAGUUGAUGUUAGAUUUUUCUUGCUUCAUAUCAUUUUGAUAAUAUAAAAAGAGGAGUGUUACGAAUUCUCACAUUUCUUUGAAAGGAAUAAUAGCUCUACAAAGAGGAGUGCUACGAAUUUUGAACUCCUGGAGUCACAUUUCAUUGAAAGGAAUAAAAAUAGCAAUAGCUCUAAAGAGAGGAGUGUUGCGAAGGUGUAGGACCGCACAGGAGUCACCUGACAACGACUCAGCUGCAGAUACUCUGCUUCGAGCAGCGAAGGACGAGGGGAACGCUUUUUAUGAAUGGACGUCAUUUUUUUAGGAGAUAGCAGCGAAGGAGGCGAACCUGAACGCCUUUUAUGAAUGGACUUCGGCUGCUUCACCGCCCACCGGUUCAUCAACAACACACCUCCACUUCAUCAACAACUUACGUACCCGACCAAUCCACAGUGCCGCACAGUGACACAUGAUCCAUUUCUACCACGAUGACAUAGAACAAAGAAGAUGAUGACGCUGCAUUUUGGGUAUGCAUAGAAAGAUGGCCCUUCAGGAUACGAAGAAGAAACUUCAUGUUGAUCAUGAUGAGGGUGCCGAUUACUCCAACAAAGGUGGGAAGCCACACUUAAUAUUGCAGUUGAGGUGGAAAAUACAAGUCUACGAUCAUCAAGAUCAACAUCAUCUUCAUGUACAGAAUAGAUACUUCUGAGAAAUAGUAGAUCGUUCUUGGACACAUACUUCGUCGCUGCAUAGAGAACAACACUCAUUUUCAGAGUGACAGUAGACUCAUUAGACAUUAGUACCAAACCGCUUGCAAUUGGGUUUUCCUCGCUAGUCUUGUCUAAAAAGCUGAUCUUGUCUAAAAAGAUGAAAAGGAUGAAUAAAAAGUGCUGUUUAUGAGGCCUUACGCAGGUUCCUCUCUACAGAAUGCUUGCGUGCGUGGAUGCCGUUGUGCGUGUAAGUAAUAUAACACGAGCAUGAACAUGAAUCAGGGAAAUCUUAGGCAGAUGAUUGCCGAAUAGAUUCGCAUCAUCAAGAUGCUCUUGGCGAGCGCUUCGAUCACCGACGGAAGCAGCAACCAUCUGCGGCACUAGAAAAUCAGGCAGUGGCCAAAGAGAAGCGCUCCCUUCUGGUCAAAAAUUGACCACGCUAUCAUCAAACGCAGCCUGGAUUUCACGUUCGAUUUUGUUUAAGAUCUUUAUUUUAUCCGUGCUGUAUGAUCACAGAGACAGAGACUGAGC